ACAGGCACCAACAAUAGCGGCGAGUUUGUACUCCUUCGACCCGCCAACCAGUCCACGCCUGCGCAAUCGACGAGAAGCGAGAGGAAAAAGUGGGGAUUCCUACACUUUCCCAGCGUCGGGGGUUGUUGGGCUUGGAGUUUCUCUGCGGCAUGCUUUCGACUCGGCGGAGCCGCCGUGCCGCGCACUGACUUCAGCCGCCGCCGCGCAGGUGGGACUCCCAGCCCAGCUCCCUCCCGCCGACGUGGUCGAGUGGUUUCCUGAGGGAUCGGAAACGCGGGAUUUGGAAUGCGGAGCGAUUUGUUCACGCUGACGACAGGAAAGCGGAGGGGGUACAGUAACGCCAGUGCAGUGUGACGUCGCUCUUUGGCGGACAACAAACUCCAAGCUCCAUGCUGAGCUGAGCACCCCCCUCCUCAGGAGACUCACGGCUUUGGCCGCGAAGUAGCUCCGAUCCGGUGCAUGUGAUGCGAACCGCUGCCAGGCGGUGUUCGCUGAACCAUGACGGGAUUGAGGGCUUGAGGGCUCGACAUGAUAGCCCAUAGUAAGGGCACCCCCGAGCAAGCGACGCCGAUAGCGGCGAUGGGAUGUGAUGUGCUGUAGUAAUGAGCAGCCGUUGCUGAUAGAUGCGAUGCGAGGCGAUGCGACGUGAUGCGGCGAUGGCGACGUGAUGCGGCGGUGGGAUGCGACGUGAUGCGACGAGAUGCGACGUGAUGCGACGAGCUGGUACCGCGGGCUGGUGUCACGGUAACAGUAUGAGGAUGGUGAAGUGUGACACUUUUAAUGUCCGUGCUGGUUAGACAUGGAGUCGUUCAAGAAUUCGACUACUAGGUUGCGGUCGGCCCAUACUGGUGGCGCCAGGAGUAGCGAUUAUCGCACUAGCGGGCGUGGAACAGUUAUUCCGUCGAGCAUCGCCGCUGCCGUCAUACGCCCUAGUAGUAGUACCGACAAGUAGUAUUAGGUCUGUCAACACCCUAGGUAGUAGAACUGGUACUACCGACAACGCUGCAAACGACGAAGGAGCUCGACGGCUCUGGUAUAGUACCUCUCAGAGUCAGGAAGGGAGCAUUUCAGGCAGCGCUGAGUUUAGUAGGGCCAUCGGCAAAGUCUAGUAGGGUUACUACUCCUCGUCAUACAGUAACAACCUCCUGGAACGUACGGCUUACGUCAGAGAUUUGCGGCGGAAUGAGCGGCCUAGAUCCGACCGGCAGUGGAAGUCCGAGCUUGAAUCCGAGUCAGAAUACUAAAAACCAGAGUCAGAGGGGUCGCAAUCAGAGUCGCAGCAACGACAGCCUGCUCGCGAGCAUUCUCCUGCAGCGACAUGCGAACCGCAUGCGACUGGACGCCUCCGUCGCGGCACGGGACAGAAGCGACGGCGGCGGAAGGAAUGCGCCGCCGCCAUCCGCAGACCGCGGCGCAAUCACGGCGCAUGCAGUCUCCGGGGGACCACCGAACUACGCGGCAGGACAGUUAGCUCCAUCGACGAUCCAAUCAGCCGCCGCCAACCAGUUUGCGGUAAACCAGGAUAUGAGGCAAGCCCAAGGGCCGCAGCAGGCGCACCAGGCAGAGCAACAGCAGCGGCUAGGGCUACGAAACCAGCGCGAGGGGGGAGGUUUUAGUAGAGAUGUGUCAACGGCGAGGCAGUAUGCGGAGGAUUUUGAAACCCUAGCCAGCCAAGGGUUUCCGCACCAAGGGCACCAGAUCCCCGUCUCAAGGAACAAAGCAUGGGGCUGUGUUUUUAUGGGGCCUGCUACGACGAGUGAUACUCCUGGCCAAGCUGUACCAAGAACUUCUCAUCCGAAAACAAGCACACCUGACUUGCUUCAUCCAACAGGACUUCCAGCAGCUGCUUCCUUCCAGAAUCGGUACGGCACGGCCAGGCCAAUCACAAGCUCGGGGAUGGCCACGACUCAACUGCAAUUAUCGCAGCCUUCGAUACAGCCACACCUCCCGUUUGAGUCAAGAUUUGGAGGCACGCAAAACGGUGGGGCACUCCAACUGCCGGUUUCGCAGCCUUUGAUAGAGUCACACCUCCCUUUUAAGCCACCCCUCCGCCCGACGGCCAAUCAGCUUCCACCUUUGACCAGUUUCCCAGCAAGUACGCCUCAGAAUCUGAGGCCUCGGAAUCUGAAUUCCAUGAUACAGACAUCCUCUGGGCAGUCCCAGAACGCCCCUUUUCUUGAGGCUUGUAAAAAAUCAUUUCUGACAAGUAGGCAUCAGAAUCAGAAUCACAUGAUACAGACAGCCACUGGGCAGUCCCAGAACGCCCCAUGGUCGUUUCAGCCACUAAAUGGGCCGAUGCCAGGUGGCGGGUUACCAAGUGGGUUGUUACCAGGUGGGUUGUUACAAGGCGGGUUGUUACAAGGCGGGUUGUUACAAGAUGCAUUGUUACAGGGUGGGUUGUUCCAAGGUGGGCUGUUACAAGGUAGCUUGUUCCCAAGCGGGCUGUCACCAGGUGGACAGUUACAAGUGGGAAGGUUACCCGUUGGAGGGUUACAAGGAUCGCCAAUACAAGAGCCUGGGUCAAUAACAGCAGUGCCACCAGCGGUGCCAGCAGCAGUACUGGCAACAGCUCUAGCAGGAGGAGCGGGGGGGAAGGGGGGAGAGGCAACUCCGAGGCAAGAAAGAGGGUCGGUGUGUGGCUCGGAUGUCUCAGGUUGGGACCUGGAAAGCGCAGGCCAUGUGGCAGACCUUGUGUCAGGCCUUGUGUCAGGCCUUGUGUCAGGCCAUGUGGCAGGCCUUGUGUCAGGGAAUGUAUCAGGCCAUGUGUCAGGUCAUGUGUCAGGCCAUGUGUCAGGCCAUGUGUCAGGCAACGCGUCAGGCAAUUUUCCAGGCAAUGUGUCAGGUGACUUGAGGAGUGCAGGUGAUUCUUCAGGUGCUUUUGCAGUCACAGGAAGGGUGCCAAGGAGCUCCAGGACUGGAGCAGAUAAGCCAGGAGAUGCAGGAAGCUUGGCAGCAGCAGCAAGGGAGGCGGAAAGGGAGGCGGAAAGGGAGGCGAUAGGAAGGGUGCCAAGGAGCUCCAGGGCCGGAGAGGGUAAGCCAGGAGAUGCAGGAAGCUUGGCAGCAGCAGGGAUCUCAGGAGGGGGGGUACAGAUCACAGCAGCCGACAUACCUCUAGGAUUUAGGAGUCUCAACCACUCCAUAAAACCACUCCUAUCACCACGACCUCUCCUAUCCCCAAGACCAAUCUUACCCCCUGGGCCCAUUUUAUCCCCUAGGCCAGUCUUUUCCCUUAGCCCAAUUUCGACCCAAAAACCAAUGUUCUCUCCUAAGGGUGCCAGGCGUUUGGCGCCUGCUACCGGCUCUAACACCAGCAGCAGCAGCAGCAGCUGUCGCCUGGCCACAGCAGGGCGGCAAAUCAUAACCAGCCACGUAGCAGGAGCACCGGGAGGGGCAGGGGGAGCAGCAGUGGCAGGAGCAAUAGGAGAGGCAGGGGGAGGAGGAGCGGCGGAGGAAGGGGCGGUGGCAGGAACAGUGGCUGUGUUAGGGCUGGUGCAUGAGGCACUGGGGGAGGAAGAGGCGUUAGGGCAGGAAAGAGGGUUGGGGGCGCAAGGGGGGUCAGGGAAGUCAGGGGGGUGUGAAAGGCGUCUAGGGGCUUUGGCAAGGGCGACUGAAAGCCCAACCCCAGUGCCCUAUUUUGGAGGGUUCGGGAUGUCUGGGGGAAGUGAGGCGCAUCCAAGGGCAGUGGGGUUGGAGAGACAGGAAGUGCGGGCUUUGGGGGAGCAUGUGGAUGUGACGCUGCUUACCAAGGAUGAUGAUUCGAGACGAAAUAAAAGGUUGUUGCGGAACAGAGUGAACGCGCAACAGGCAAGAGAGAGGAAGAGGCAUCGCAUGGAGGGCCUGGAAGAGCAGUGCGAAGCCAUCGAGAGGGAGAACGCGCAGCUGGAAGGGAGGAUCGCUGCAAUUCAGCAGGAGAAUGAGCAGCUAAGGGAUGCAGUGAUCUCUCUGCUCGAGGCUUCAAACGGCCUUAAUACAAGCAUUCUCAAUACAAGCGCUCUGAAUACAAGCACCGUCAACACGAGCAAUUUCAAUCAGCAGCAGCAGUUUCUGGACUCAUGACCAUCUGUAACCCCACCAGUGCCACCCUCACCUUCCGAUCAUCAUCAUCAUCUGUACUCCCCUCACGCUCCCACACCUCCUCCUCCUCCUCCUCCUCCUCCUCCUCCUCCUCCUCCUCCUCCUCCUCCUCCUCCUCCUCCUCCUCCUCCUCCUCCUCCUCCUCCUCCUCCUCCUCCUCCUCUGCAGCAGCAGCAGCAAUCUCUGGGCUCAUGACCAUCUGUAGCACCACCGGUGCCACCCUCACCUCCCGUCUUCCCUCUCGUCCUUCCCCUUCAUCCCUCCUUUUAUGCCUUCACAGGUGAAUCCCCUCCCCCACUCACACAUCCUGUUCCUCCUGCUCCUCCUCCUCCGCGUGCCCCCUCCUUGCCCUUCCCUGCCCCACAAAUUCCCCCACUUGCACUCUUCAGGAUUCUCAAAAUCCAAAUCUCCUCGCCCUUCCCUGCCCCACCCAUUAACCCACUUGCUCUCCCCUACUCUAUUACCACCAUUACAUGCCGCUCCCCUUUUUUUAGGCGCCUCAAAAACAGACUCCUCCCACUCCUCUCUUCUCCUCAAACCCCUCACACCCCACACACCCCACACACCACACACCCCUCACACCCCACACACCCCACACACCACACACCCCUCACACCCCACACACCCCUCACACCCCACACCCUCACACCCCACACACACCACACACCCCUCACACCCCUCACACACCACACACCCCUCACACACCACACACCCCUCACACCCCUCACACACCACACACCCCUCACACUCAUCUCCAUUUGAAGCCAUCUCUAUGUUCCCUCCCUUCUCCUCAUCUCCUCUCUUCUCGCACUCCUAAUCCCCUGUACUACUACCACUGCUGCCGCUCCCCUCAUCACUCCCCACACUCCUCAUACUCCUCUCUCCAUGUUUCCUCCUUCCUCUCCCUCCUUCCUCCGCAUCCUUGCACUUCUCGCUCUCCCUUCCGCUCUUCCAGUUAGUCGGACAAUCGCCUGAUUCUCCCCUGCAGCUCGUUAGUGAGAUCCCAAGGAUCGUCACUCGUUGGAGGAAGAGUUGCAGCGUGGAGUUUCCGUUAGCAGAAAGAUCUCUUGCCUUGUAAAAUCCAAACUGAUUCUCCACUAAACAGGAAAUAGGCUCUCUAAGUGAAGCACUCUCAGGAUUAAAACAAGUGGGGAGACAACCAUGUUUAGGGCGUGUCCAGCGCUUUUUACGUCCACUGUACAUGCUCGGAAAAAUGUUAUGGGGAAUGUAGAUGUCGCGAGGCUCACCUUUCUUACCACAGAGAGCAUGCUUGCCUAGGCCUUGUGUCCAGCCUUUGACACGAC